UUCAUCUAGGAACAAAGGAGAAAAAACAAAUCUCAUUUGUUAGAAUAUUCCAAGUCCAGGUAUGGAAGAAAAUAAAAUGCCUCUCCCGUUUCAUGGUGUCCUAUUCAUUUCAAUUUUCUGACAGUCCUACAAGUCCAUCAUUUGGAAGUAACAGCAACCUUAUUCCUUUCCAAUUUUUUUUCCUGCAAUUGUUUUACUUGCCUAACACCACAGUCCUGAGGGUACACAAGGGCCAGAUGCAGAUAAUCAAAAUCCCAACACUCAGUUUCGUAGAGACCCACAAACCGUCUCCAUGGAAAACCAGAACCAGAAGCGCUGCCCUAGCAAAAGCAUUCUGGAAAUAACACGGGACGAGGCAGAGCCACAGUCACAGAUCCGAUCUCAGGUACGUCACAAACGCAGACACAAACCGCACAGAUCCCAGAGACCCCUACAGCCGGCAUCAGAGUCAGGCACCACCGCGCAGCUUUCUCUGCACCAUCACAAUCCCCUGCAGGAGAACGGCACACGCGCACUCAUCACCCCCCGUGCCCGGAAACACUACUCCGCCUGCGGCCAGGCACUCGGUCCAGGUGCGCGGGGGCGCGGCGGCCGUCACUCAGCAAACACCACAGGGAACACGCGCCGCGCCUUGGUCCAGGCUCGCCACACUGGGGUUUCCUCCAUCCAGCUCACUGCCAGGGUCACGGCUACAGGCCUAGGUUUGGACACUCCAUCCCCAUCGGGAUCCUGUAGCCAACCUCCACCCACCUCCAAAUCUCCCGACCCCUCGGCAGGUGGCGGUUCGCUGGGGCCAGGGAAGCGUGGAGGGGGAGUUCCAAUCAAGAAAAGCCUGGGAUGUCCUGAACUGUGUCUGCUUCCCCAGCCCUGCCGGUUUCCAGAGGAGGCGCCUGAGAAAAACGAAUCGCUGCUGCUCUUCUAAAAGCCGGUUCCGUCUCUGGCAUCUGUGGACCCUGCUUCUGAAGUAAAUGAACCUUGAGGAAAAUUGACCCGGUUCUUUCAAUUCUAAAAUCAUGGCUCGUGAUUUGGUGAUGUUCAGAGAUGUGGCUGUAGACUUUUCUCAGGAAGAGUGGGAAUGCCUGAACUCAUAUCAGAGGAAUUUGUACAGAGAUGUGAUAUUAGAGAACUAUAGCAACUUGGUGUCACUGGCAGGAUGUUCCAUUUCUAAACCAGAUGUGAUCACCCUAUUGGAACAAGGGAAAGAGCCCUGGAUGGUUGUGAGGGAUGAGAAGAGAAGAUGGACUCUAGAUUUGGAAUCCAGAUAUGAUACUAAAAAGUUAUUUCAAGAAAAGGAUAUUUAUGAAAUGAACUUAUCUCAGUGGAAGGUAAUGGAAAGAAUUAAAAGCUGUGGACUUGAAGGACAAGAAAGUCCUCAUGAAGUGUGUUUCAGGCAAGUGACAAAAACCACUUCUGGAAAAACGCCUACCUACAGAAAACUCACAUCUCUUCCUCUGUAUCAGAAGAGUCAUAACAGAGAGAAACCCUACGAAUGUGGGGAAUGUGGGAAGGCUUUUAGAGUACGACAACAACUUACUUUCCAUCAAAGAAUUCAUACUGGUGAGAAACCCUAUGAAUGUAAAGAAUGUGGAAAAGCCUUUAGACAGUGUGCCCACCUCAGUCGACAUCAGAGAAUUCAUACUUCUGACAAACUCUAUGAAUGUAAAAAAUGUGGAAAGAUCUUCACAUGUGGCUCAGACCUUCGAGUACAUCAGAGAAUUCAUAUUGGUGAGAAACCGUAUGAAUGUAAAGAAUGUGGGAAAGCCUUUAGAGUUAGAGGACAACUUAAUCUCCAUCAAAGGAUUCACACGGGUGAGAAGCCCUAUGAAUGUAAGGAAUGUGGGAAGGCCUUUAGGCAGUAUGCACACCUUACUCGACAUCAGAGACUUAACAUUGCUGAGAAGUGCUAUGAGUGUAAGGAAUGUGGUCAGGCCUUUCUGUGUAGUACAGGCCUUCGAAUACAUCACAAACUUCAUACUGGAGAAAAACCCUAUGAAUGUAAGGAGUGUGGAAAGGCCUUUAGAGUGCGGCAACAACUUACUCUCCAUCAGAGAAUUCACACUGGUGAGAAGCCUUACGAUUGUAAGGAAUGUGGGAAGACUUUUAGUCGUGGCUAUCAUCUGACUCUCCAUCAGAGAAUACAUACUGGUGAGAAGCCCUAUGAAUGUAAGGAAUGUCAGAAGUUCUUUCGUCGUUACUCAGAACUUAUUUCACAUCAGGGUAUUCACAUUGGAGAGAAACCUUAUGAAUGUAAGGAAUGUGGGAAGGCAUUUAGACUGUUCUCACAGCUUACUCAACAUCAGAGUAUUCAUUUUGGUGAGAAACCCUAUAAGUGUAAGGAAUGUGAGAAGACUUUUAGACUGCUUUCGCAACUUACUCAACAUCAAAGUAUUCAUACUGGUGAAAAGCCCUAUGACUGUAAGGAAUGUGGAAAGGCCUUUAGACUUCAUUCAUCACUAAUUCAGCAUCAGAGAAUUCAUUCUGGUGAGAAACCUUACAAAUGUAAGGAAUGUAAAAAGGCAUUUAGACAACAUUCACAUCUUACUUACCAUCAGCGAAUUCAUAAUGUAACUUAAUAGUUAUUAGAACUCUUCCGUUGUGAAUUUUAUGUUGCGCAUAGGAAGUACAUUCUAGAGGAAAGGUUUUUGAACGUGGGAAUCCCUUUUGCUUCAUGCUCACAACUAAGGAAGUUUUAUUUAAAGGAAAGAAUACGUUAAUGAACAUAUGGAAGCCUUUCAUCACCUUUGAAACCAUGUUACAGGAAAUUCAUCCUAGAAAGGAACUUUAUUAAAGUACUGAAUGUGAAAAAGCUUUUGAUCUUACCUAUUAUUAUCUCCAUAUUCUUCCAUCUGUGUAGUAUACACAAGGAGGUUGCCAGGGAACCACCUCAUUCUGAAAAUGUGCAAAUGAAAGGAAAGUCUUUUAGUCUACAUUUCCUGUGUAAACUGUAUUUCAAGGCAACCAGAAGUUAAUGAGGUAAAGUUCUUCUUUAUUAGAAAAUUCCAGGCUAAUGAAUGCAGAAAGAAUAAUAGAAAAUUGUAUUAGAAAAACUAUUGUGUAACACAUAAUGAAAUAAUGGAUUUAGGCAUGAUUCUCUGUAGAGGUUGAGACUAUUCAGUGAAAGGUUGUGAACUUUACAGUGAAUAGAUGAGACUGACAACAUCUGAACCCACUGAUCAUCUUAACUUCACAAAAAGCAAGACAGUAAAAAUUAUGUGCCUCCUAAUGUGAUACAGUAAGAUAAACACAUCUUGCCAAAAAUACUGAACCUGAAUUUAAGCCUCAAGAACUAACUCCCAGUUUAUAGAAAAUUCAAGGAAUGGAAAAGUAAAUUACAUGACAUGAAAAGGAGCAAUUAAAUAUAAAAUAAGGGUAAUUCUACAAGAGGAAUCACCUGGUUUCCCAACCAAUAAAAUGGCAUUUUAAAAAAUAAGGUGGAACUCUUAGGUAUUGACAAACUUGAGACAACAUCAAUCAAAUGCAAUGAAAGAGUGGUUUUUACUUAGAUCAUGAGUUGAACAAACAUGUAAAAGAAGACAUACUUAUAAUUGGGAGAAUGGGAAUAUUGACAAUAUUAGAUAAUAUUAAGAAACUUUUUGUUAUGUGUGAUAAUAGCAUUGUGGUUAUGUAAAAGUCUAUUUGUUAGAGAUAAUUUCUGAAGUUUAUACACAGGAGAUGAUAUAUCUGGAAUGUCAUUUUGUUUAUGCAAAAGAAAAAAGAGGAUGAAUAACAAGUUUGGCAAAAUGAUGGUAACCUAAGUCUUGGAUACAUGGUUUUUAUUUGUUUUUGCUAUUCUCUCUACUUCUGUGUUUUUAAAAUUUUCCAUGAUGUUCUUUUAAAGAUCAAAUUAUCCGUGAAAUUAUAACCAGUUUAAAAUGAAUUAUUAAAAAAAAUUUCUGGCUGGACGUGGUGGCUCAUGCCUGUAAUCCCAGCACUUUGGGAGGCCAAGGUGGGCAGAUCACGAGGUCAGGAGUUCGAGACCAGCCUGACCAUCCUGGCAAAACCUCAUCUCCACUAAAAAUACAAAAAUUAGCCGAGCAUGGUGGCAUGCACCUGAAUACCAGCUACUCGUGAGACUGAGACGGGAGAAUCACUUGAACCCAGGAGGCAGAGGUUGCAGUGAGCUGAGAUCAUGCCAUUGCACGCCAGCCUGGGCAACAAGAGCAAAACUCCAUCUCAAAAAAAAAAAAAAAUUUGUACAUAUUAAAACUUGUGGAUGUUGCCAAAGCUGUACACAUUGGGAUUGGAAUAUUAAUUACACUAUAAUAACGAUAAUGUGAGUUAAAAUGUGGGUCCACAUUAUUUAGUUCACCUCUCUAUCUCUGUAUUAUAGUACCCAUGGUAUGCACCUUUUUUUUUUUUUUUUUUUUUGAGACGGAGUCUCUCUCUGUCGCCCAGACUGGCGUGCAGUGCUACAAUCACAAUCUCGGCUCACUGCAAGCUCUGUCUUCUGGGUUCAAGCCAUUCUCCUCCCUCAGCCUUCCGAGUAGCUGGGAUUACAGGCGCCUGCCACCAUGCCAGGCUGAUUUUGUAUUUUUAGUAAACAUGGGGUUUCACCAUGUUGGCCAGGCUGGUCUCAACUCGUGACCUCAGGUGAUCCACCUGCCUCAGCCUCCCAAAGUGCUGUGAUUACAGGCGUGAGCCACCGCGCCCGGCCGGUACUUCAUAUGUUUAAAGAAUGAGUAAAAGAAAGCAAUUACUACUGCUAAAUGUGGGAAAUAAUGGACUAGACCUGUACUGUCUAAUAUAUGGUAGUCACUAGCAACCUGUUGAGCACUUGAAAUUGAGUUAUUGAGCACUGAAAUGUGGCUAGUCCAAAUUCAAAUGGUGGUAAAUGUGAAACACAAGAUUCUAAAGACUUAGUUGUUUUUAAAAAGUUAAGUAUCUCAGUUUUUCAUAUUGAGUACAUAUUGAAACAAUAUUUUAGAUAUAUUGGUUCAAAUAAAAUACAUUAAAAUGAAUAACUAUUUUUUGUUUUUAAAAAAUGUGUUACAGGAAAAUUUUAUAUCUGUAGCUCACAUAUUUCUAUUGUCAGCACUGGUAUAAAUAAUAAAAAGUAGACUUGGUUGUUUUUGUGUGUUUCUUUAAAGGAUACCAAUAUAAUCAAGACCUUGGCAGUCUUGAUCACAGAAUAGAAAUAUGAAAGAUUACACAGCUACAGCUAUAUGAAUCAUAAAAGUGGCAGCUAUGGAUUUUUAAAGUUAUAAGUUGCUAUACUAUAGAUAUGUAAUGUGUAUGUGUAUAGUGUGUAGGUAUAUAUAUUUAUACACACACUAUACAUGUAUUUUAAAAUAUUGAAAAUCCAGAAUUAUUUUAUGGAAAAAAUAUACUAAAAUUUACUUCACAUGCUGAAGAAAGCCUGAGCAGACCAACAAACAAAGGAAAAAUUAAGACGGUUAGAAGAUAAUGCUUUCUAAAAGAAUACAUUUAGAAUCUGACUUUUUUUUUUAAAAUCCUACUCUCCCGAGCCAGAGUAGUCUCAGAGAGACUCCGAGAACCUAAUUUUUUACAAGUAAAAUAUUUGAAGAAUUGGUAAUUGCUAAAUUUUUCCAACAUACUAUUCUACAAGACUAACCUAAAACUGAUUAUAUGAACUAGAUGAGGAGGGCUGGGGAAACCAAAAUCUAGACAUUUCCCAUAUGAAGAGAAAUCUAGUAAUUCUAAUUUCUAUGGCAAAUUAUAUCCAGUGGUUUAAAUAUAGAAUAGAAAAUCAUUUAUGUGGAAUAUCUUGGACCAGAUCCCUCUGGCUUUAAUUAUAUAUUUAGAUUCUAGGCAUUCUACCUUCAGAACAUCGUAAUGAUAGUGAAAGAGGUAUGAUUCUGGCCCAGUAUCAUCCCAAUUGAUGCUGAUUGUCUUUUCUUCUUUAGCUUUCUAUGUAUUAAGAAUGGAAUAAAUUUUGUGUAUGUAAAAGUAUAACCCAACACCUUAAAAUUACCUUCUCAAAAUUAAUAAAGACAGAGUUCUUAUAAAUGAUUACAUCAGUUGGACUUCAGUGAUUUCACUGCGGUCAUCCAUUGUGAACUGUAUUUGCUGCUAUAAUUGGGAAGCUAUGAUGUUCAGUGUAUUACAUCAUAUUCCAUUUCUCAAAUGGAAUAUGAAACUUGAUAGCAUUUGAAACCAUUUCCCAGGAAACGCUAGUGCUUGAUGGCAUUUAAAAAAAAAAUCUUUCUGUGGUUAAAUGAGCAUAUUAAAGUAUUGCAUAUCAAAAUUAGUAAUUGUUUUAGAAAAUAAAACUAUAAGCUUCUCCAAAUAAAGAAGUAAUGAGAGUUUAAUUGAUUUUAUUUAACUUAAUAUAUCUGAAGCACCUUUUACCAUGUAACUUUCACUCUCAAUGCCUGUGAGUAUGUUUGGGAUACGAACCCAUUUUAACGGAUAACUUCUGUAACUGAAACAGGUGAUGGCAAAGGUGGAAAGUUCAGACCUCAUGCCAGGUGGUUAGUUGUGUUGGAAGGUGGAUGUGAGGUAUGUUUCCCUGGAUGUGGCAUCAUGUUCUAAAGUCACCUUUUUGAAUAUUGAACUGUUGCUUUUCUGCAGAAAUAAAAUUUCUGAAUCAACACUAUACUACAAUGAAAAUGAACAAUCUAUGACUACGUACAACAAUACAGAUAAAUCUCAAAAGUAUAAUGCUGGGCAAAAGAAGCCAGACAUAAAAGAGGACAUACUAUACGAUUAUAUAGAACACAAAAAUUGAGAACUUUUUAAUGUAGUUAGAAGUCAGGAUACUGGUGAGGGUGAGGGGGUAGGUAGGGGUACAUGGCAGGAGGGAUAGUGAUGGAAAGAGCAAUGGGAGGUUUCUGUAGAUGCUAGUAAUGUUUUGUUGCUUGGUUUGGGUGCUGAUUACUCUGAUGUAUUCAGUUUGUGAAAAUUCAUUGAGUUGUACAUUUGUAUACUUUUCUGUACAUUUAUUAUAGUUCAAUUAAAAGUUUUAACAAAAAUAAAAACUAUGAGUUCAUAUUGAUACUUUCAGUUCAAAUGUAAUACCACAUUAUUUUUAACUUUAAUUUUCUUCUUGCAUUUUCUGCUUUUCCCCGAAAGUCUUAUUGGAUUUUAACAAUGAGCUAAAUACGUGCUGUGAUUUAUAAGCAGUAUAAAAUACUUACAACAGAAUACGAGCAUUACCACCAAAAAUAAAUGCUGAAUGAAGUUGAAGAUUUCUUGGCAUCACUCUCUGUCCUUCAGAUCAUUCACUAACAAUGUAGAGUGAAAAUGCUUACUUCUAACCAACGUAAUUUGCAGCUAGAUUCAUUUGUUUCUAUUUUCAGUGUUCAAGGACUGCCAUUUUUCUGAUUUAAUUUUACUUUUAAAGUUAAAAACAUAUAACAAAAUGCGUUCAGAGAAAUUUUGCAUCAGUUUGUGUCCCAUACAAUCUGUUCCAUCAAUUCCCUCUUAAAAAAUCAUUUUAUUAUUCUUUGGUCUAACUUUCCAGUGGUUCUUCUUGAGAAGGAUUUAAGUGCUCUGAUGAUUGCUGUGUAACAAGCCACCCAAAAUUUCAUGCCAUACGACAACCAUGUGAUUAUGCUCAUAGGUUUUGUGGAUCAAAAAUCCAGACAGAACACAGCAGGGAUGGUUUUUGUCUGCUUCGUGAUGUCUGGAGUCUCAGCUGGGGUUAUUUGAAUGACUAGUCCAGGUAGGGCUGGAAUAUCCACUUCCAGGCUGCUUCUCUCUUAUGCUUGAAAUUUGGACUUGGAGGACUUGAAUACCAAUCUAAGCUAGAACUGUCAGCAGGAGCACCUACAUGGUCACGGAUUUUUCACAGAAUGUUUGUUUAUUUCAAGAUGAACAUCCCAAGAGGGAACAUUCUAAGAGAACCAGGUGGAAGCUGGCCUUUUCUGACCUAGCUUUGGAAGUAUUACAACAUCACUUCUGCAUUUUAAUGGUUACUAGUGAGACUUAAAUCCAGCCCAAAUUCAAAGGAAGGGGAAUUUGAGUUCACCUCUUGAAGGGAAAGUGCUAAGAACAUACUGUGGAAGACCAUGUGGGAUGGGAAAUAGUGUUGCGUCUAUCUUUGAAAAAUACAGUCUGCCACAUUUUGCCUCCUGGCCACCAUUUGCCUCCUGGCCACCAUUCACAUCCUGCCCUGUGAAAAUACACUCAUGCACUUCCUUCAGGCUUCCAGAGUCUCAUUACAGCAUCAAUUUGAAGUCUAGGACCUUAUAUAAAUCAAAUCGAACUAGAUAAAGAAAAUUGUGUGUGUGUGUGUAUAUAUAUACACACACAUAUAUAUAUACAUGGAAUACUA